AUGGAGGUGGGUGCCUUCCCUGAAUCAGACAACCUUUUCAAAUGGGUGGGGAUCAUCCAUGGAGCAGCUGGCACAGUAUAUGAAGACCUGAGGUAUAAACUGUCCCUGGAGUUCCCCAGUGGCUACCCUUACAAUGCACCCACGGUGAAGUUCCUCACGCCCUGCUACCACCCCAACGUGGACACCCAGGGUAACAUCUGCCUGGACAUCCUGAAAGACAAGUGGUCCGCCCUGUACGACGUCAGGACCAUCCUGCUCUCCAUCCAGAGCCUGCUCGGAGAACCCAACAUCGAUAGCCCUUUGAACACACAUGCCGCUGAGCUCUGGAAAAACCCCACAGCCUUUAAGAAGUACCUGCAAGAAAUGUACUCAAAGCAGGUCUCCAGCCAAGAGCCCUGACCCAGGAUGUGCAGCUCUCCUUCUGUUGUCUUUAUAUAUUUUUUUCCCUUAGAUGGUCUGUCCUUUCCUCGAUUUCUGUACAGGACUCUGUAUCUUAUCUGUGGUGUCAUUUUUGUUUUGUUUAUGUUUUUUAAAUUAAGUGUCUGGUUAAGCCCUUGUGAUGA